AUGGGAAACUACAUGUCCUGCACCUUCGUCGCGUCCAGCCUCAGGAGCCCCAAAUCGGCCAGGGUCAUUCUCCCCGGCGGCGAGAUCCGCCAGUUCCGGCAGCCGGUCAAGGCGGCCGAGCUCAUGCUCGACUCCCCCAACUACUUCCUCGUCGACUCCGUCUCCUUCGGCAUCGGCCGGCGGGUGUCGCCGCUCCCGGCCGACGAGGACCUGGAGUUCGGGAGACUCUACGUCAUGCUCCCGAUGCGGCGGCUGAACUCGAUCCUCACCGCCGCCGAUGUCGCCGUCUUUCUGAUGGCGGCGAACGCCGCGCCCAGGCGGAUUUCCACCGCGGCGAGCUCGGGCAGAGUGUCGCCGGAUUCGUCGAACGCGGUUGGGGAGGAACGGCGUGGAUUGAGAUUGGAGGAGGCGGCGCUGGAGUUCAGCCACCGGCGGCUGGCGGCGUGCAGGUCGAAAAGGCCGGGUUUGGAUACGAUCGUAGAAGAGCCUGUUUGUUCUAGAUGA